AUGGCUGCCCGCCGCCUUCUCCCCCUCACACUCCGCCGAGUGCGCGGAUUGCCCAACCCAGUGCCAUCGCCAGCCUCCGCCGCUCCAUCGCCGCUUCCGCCUCCCUCCGCGUGCGCCGCCCCCGCCAACCGCACCCACACGGCACUUUCUUCUGGAUCACCCACCACGCCUCCGCCCACCCUCUCCGCUAAUGAAGCCACCGCGCAUGGCGCACACCCCGCGCCUACCUCUCCCCUCGCGCACCCCCUUUCCGCCUUCUCGCAGCCUCUCCGAUUCGUUCACGCCGCGACCACAUUCGCCUCUUCCCCGCAUUCCCCGGAAGGGACGGUCCUACCUGGCAGUACCACGUCAGCAGCCGCCGGCGACGGUUGGCACGAAGUGACGUCGACGACGCGCGAGUCGACGGCGGACGGCGGGGUGUCGGACGGCCAAGCAGAGGGCGGUGGAGCGAGAUGGACGCAGGCCCGUGCGCCAGUGUGGGAGGAGCGCGUGUAUGCGCGCGGCGUUCGCGGAUACAACAACGUGCUGCAGCACCUGGCGGAAACUAACAGGGCGCACGUGCUGCGGGACGUGUGGGCUGAGAUGGGGAUGGACGGCGUGGCGCCCGACCGCACCUCCUUCCACAUCGCCACCGCCGCCGCCAUGAAGGCCGGGCGCCUGCACGACGUGCUCUUCUUCUUCAAUCACAUGAAGACACGUGGCAUCGUGCCUGACGUGGUGAUGCACAACAUGGUGAUCAGCGCGUGUGCCAUCUGCCUGCACGUCGACCACGCCUUCAAGGUGGCGGAGGGCAUGAGGAGGGCGGGCAUGGAGUUCCAUCAGCGCACAUACACCGCACUGCUCAACGCCGCCGCCAACACCGGCCGCAUCACCCUCGCGGAGCAGGGAGGCAGUGGUGCGGGAGAUGGAGGCGGGGGGCAAGCAGCGCACGCGCCUCACACUGGCAGCACUCAUCACCGCCCACGCCAACCACCACCCGCUCCUGCCGCACUUCAACCACAAGGUGCCCUCCCUGCCACCAACCCAACCUCCCUUUCCGCCCACUCGCUGCCUCCUGCCACUCGCUGCCUCCUGCCACUCGCUGCCUCCUGCCACGCCGCAUCCCCCUCUGCCUCCCUUCUCGCCCUCCCCAAUGCUCUUCCCCCUCGUCCACCAUUCCCCUCUCCCUCACUGCGCCAUGCAAUUCCCUUCCCCCUCGCCUGCCCCCCGCCCUCCUCCUUCCCCCAGGUGCUGGCGCUGCUGAAUGAUGCGCGCGCCCUGCCCUCUCAGGAGCCGCCAGGGCAGGGGGAGGAUGUGGGGGGAGGGAAAGGGGGAGGGGUGGGGGGAGGGGAGGGGGGAUUGGGUGGGGAAGAGGAGGGAGAUAACGGGGCGGCGAGAGGAGAAGCAGCAGCCAUGCAGGGCGGCACGGUGCAGGGUGGCACGGUGCAGGGCGGCACGGUGCAGGGUGGCACGGUGCAGGGUGGCACGGUGCAGGGCGGCACGGUGCGGCACUACAUGGCAGCGCUGGCGGCCAUGCAGGCUUUCAGAGACCCACAGGGGGCGGAGUGGGUGAUGGCAGCAGCGAGGGAGGACGGGGUCACACCAAGUGCACACAUGCACCGCCAGCUCAUCAGGGUGUAUGGCAGUGCGGGGCAGCUGCAGGCGGCGAGGGCGGUGUGGGAAGCGUUUGUGGCGAGCGGGGGCUACCCGGGGAGGAGCCUCUUCCUGCACAUGGCGGAAGCAGCAAUGGCCCAUGCUACGCCUGAGAGCACCGCCAUCGCACUCCAAUAUAUGGAGGAGUUCUUCACAGCGGGCUACUUCCUCAAUCCCACCACGGGUGCCCGCCUGCUCAAACUCGCCUCCAUCUUCGCCCGCAAGAGUGGCGACCCAUCAUGUGCAUCGCUCAUAUUCGAGCGCUACACGGCCGCCAUGAGGGACGUGGAUCCCGACGCCCUCUGUGUCUUCGCCUCCGCACUGCUCGACCUGGGAGUGCCGCACUCCGAUGUGCGCGUGCACCGCGCUCACAGCUUGGCUGCGCACCGUCGUGCCGUGCGUCUGCAAGCCAAGGCCCGCGCCGGUGUCUGGCACGGUGCUUUUCCGCCGCCCUCGUAG